ACUCACUGUACAAGACCUCUCCUCUUCACUUCACUCUGGUGGGAGAUGCAACAAUGGCCUUGAGAACAGCAGGAAGUGUGUUGGUGGUCUUUCUCUGGUCUGUAGCAGUGGUACUGGGUCAGGAUGGCUGGAGUGUUACAUACACCACUCAGAGUAUCUGUACCUUGAAGGGGUCAACAGUGGAUCUGUUCUGCUCUUACACAUAUCCCAGUGUUUAUACGGUCACAACAACCUUCUGGUUCACUAAAAUUGUAAAUCUGAGAGACGACCCAGACAACAACAGUCGUGUGACGAACCGUAGAGAUGGGAUGAAUGUCCACACCCUGAAAAUCACAGACCUGAGAGAGAGUGACUCAGCUGAGUACAAGUUCAGAUUUAUAACAGAUCAGACUGGAGAGAAAUAUACUGGUGAUCCUGGAGUCACUCUUUCUGUUACAGACCUGCAGGUGAAGGUGACCACUACAUGGUGGUCAACGACACUGACCUGUAGCACCACCUGUACUCUGACUGGUAACCCCACCUACACCUGGUACAGGAACAGUAAGAUUGUACAAGAGUUCUCCCCCUCAUACACUUUCUACUUUAAAACUGAAGACCGCUUCUACUGUGCUGUAAAGGGCAUCAAUUCUCCUGCAGUGUACGGCCCAAAGAACACCUCAGUGUCAGUCAGUCCCUCUGGUGAAAUAGUGGAGGGCAGUUCAGUGACUCUGACCUGCAGCAGUGAUGCCAACCCACCUGUGGACAAAUACACCUGGUACAAGAAGAAAGUAGCCUCACCAAAAGCAUCAGGACAGAGUUACAGCAUCACUAACAUCAUCUCUGAGGACAGAGGAGAAUACUACUGUGAGGCCCAGAAUACAAUAGCUUCUAAGAAAUCAAUAGCUCAGAUGAUCAUUGUAACAGGGAAACAAACCUCAGUUCUGACUGCAGCUGUAGGAAUCACAGUGUUUAUUCUGGUUCUCAUCCUCUUUCUCUGUUGCUUCAUGUGGUUCAGGAGAUCCACGGGAGGAAGUGAUGUCACAGCAGACACACAGAGUGUCCAUCCUGAUCCUAACAGUGACACGUACACAGCACUGAACAUGAAGACCAGGUCACCAGAGUAUGACACCCUGGCAAAUGUGAGGGACUCCUCUAGUGACACAGUCCCUCAGAUAGAUGCUGAGCCCUCAGAUUAUGAGAACUGUAGAGAACCACCACAUAACCUGGACUGAAGAGGACCACCACAGAACCUGGACUGAAGAGGACCACCACAGAACCUGGACUGAAGAGGACCACCACAGAACCUGGACUGAAGAGACUCACCACAUAACCUGGACUGAAGAGAACCACCACAGAACCUGGACUGAAGAGACUCACCACAUAACCUGGACUGAAGGGAACUACCACAUAACCUGGACUGAAGAGACUCACCACAGAACCUGGACUAAAGAGACUCACCACAGAACCUAGACUGAAGAGAACCACCACAGAACCUGGACUGAAGAGACUCACCACAUAACCUGGACUGAAGGGAACUACCACAUAACCUGGACUGAAGGGAACCACCACAGAACCUGGACUGAAGAGACUCACCACAUAACCUGGACUGAAGGGAACUACCACAUAACCUGGACUGAAGGGAACUACCACAGAACCUGGACUGAAGGGAACUACCACAGAACCUGGACUGAAGAGACUCACCACAGAACCUAGACUGAAGAGACUCACCACAGAACCUAGACUGAAGAGACUCACCACAGAACCUGGAUGAAGAGCUUCAGCACCAUACCCAAGCUAGGAUGUACACCUCUAUUCUCCUGCAAUCAUAUCUAGAAGGCUUUCCAGAUAAUGAGCUUUAACAUUUAGAAAAUCAUGUCAUUUUUUUUUCUUGUAAAGUUAAGGAAAGGGAAACUCUCCUCUCAACCUUGUCUUAUCACUCCAUUCCUAGUCAAUUGUACAACUGAAUGCAUUCAACUGAAAUGUGUCUUCCGCAUUUAACCCAACCCCUCUGAAUCAGAGCGAUGCGGGAGGCUGCCAUAAUCGACAUCCUCAUCUUCGGUGCCCGGUGAACAAUGGGUUAACUGCCUUGCUCAGGGGCAGAACGACACAUUUUUGUAAUUAUGCUUAUUGGUGACAUGUCAAGAAGUGUUUCCUAAGCUUUAACUUCUGAGUAAAUGCUGGAGUUGAAUUCUCUUUCCUUGUAAUGAUAAUUGUGUAUAUUGAUGAGAAAUAAGAUAGAUUAUGCUUCUGCUCUUUAUCAAUGGGAUUUGACCAUUUGUAGAUUCUCUGUAACACAUAAAGCUUUUCUGUUUACUCUCUGUAGAUUCAUAUUAUGUUUCUGCUCUUUUUCAAUGAGAUUUGACCAUUUGUAGAUUCUCUGUAACACAUAAAGCUUUUCUGUUUACUCUCUGUA